GCGGUCAAGUCUAUCGGGUUCACCUACUCGGACUCGGUCGACAUCUCCAACAUCUGGAUUUCGCGCACCAGCGAGGGCUUCUCUGGCCCCUACGCGCUCAACCUGGCCGCGUUCGGCCUCUACCAGGCCGCGUGGCUCACCGACGCCAUUCCGGCGGGCCGCUUUGUGGGCGCGUUGAGCGUGAGCUGGGAGCAGACCCACCCCGAGGCCAACGUCGUGCUGGGCACCACGACCGUGUUCGGCAGAGCUGGUGCACCGCAGUCCUACCUGCUCACCCUCAACGGGUGGGACAACACCAAGAGCUGCAUCAGCCACCACGCCGGCUGGCAGGACGGCGGAGAGGCCUGUGACCUGGGCAACGGCUACACGGCGCCCAGCAGCGCCCCCCACCCAGGCCAGCUACCACCCGCAGAUCUCACCUUCGAGCGCACGGUCUCUGACUGCGCUGUGGCCGUGGGCACCGGCACCAUUCCGGGCGACCUCGGCACCGUGAUCGUGAGCCGCAUCGUCAGCCUGAGCGCGUGUCCCGACGUGCGCGAGAUCGGGUUCACCACCCACUUGGGCACCGCGAGCGACGCCGUGGUCGCCAUCGACUACACGCAGCUCACCGCCUGCAACAACACGUGCCCCGACGGCGGCCUCCGCAACGACGUCGACUGCUCGUGCACGUGCCUCACCGCGUGCGCCGCUGGCGGCACGCUCCAGGCCGACUGCUCGUGCGAGUACCCCCUCACCUGCACGCGGGGCGGUGUAAGCGAGGGCGACUCGUGCUUCUGUCCGCUGCCAUGCAACAACGGCGGCACCCAGAACGCCGACUGCUCGUGCUCGUGCCCGAACGCGUGCGAGGACAAGACGCCCAACAAGGACGACUGCUCCUGCGGCCUGGGCCAGACUCCACAUGAGCUCUGCAACGAAGACAACUGCCCCAGCACAGUGGGGUGGUGCGUGUACUACUGCAACCUGCAACAACUCGAGGUCCCAUUCUCCAUGAUGCCGACCACUGCUUCAGUUGGAGUACCCCACAACUGCGGCCCCUGCUAUCCCCAGGGCGGACCGCUGCAGCCCUACAACAACUGCCACAUCGCUGGUAUUGUCGGAGAUUGCGCUGUGUGCAAUUUCAACCGGGUUUGUGGUUCGUUCUCCCGAUUCUCAGGAACAGCUGCGACUUUGACUUCAACUCACCACACCACACACACACACACGACACACACACGUGUGACACACUCUGUCCCAUCUAUUGAGAGAACCUCCAACAUUGCCUGA